GCGGCGUUCUCCGAUGGUGGGCACACGACCAUUUGUUGACAAUAUAAUGGCGGGACAUGAUAAUGGCGGCGCGCAUCCCGCCCCACCUCGGAAACCAUGCCCAAGAACAUCCUCCUGCUCAUCGCGGACGACUUGGGGAAGUAUGUCGGCGCGUACGGCUGCCCCUCGGUGCGCACGCCGGCGCUGGACAAGCUGGCGGCGCAGGGCACGCGCUUCGACUGGGCGUUCGCGAGCACAGCAUCGUGCAGCGGCUCGCGCUCGACACUGUACACGGGCCUGCACACGCACGAGAACGGGCAGUAUGGGCUGAACAUCUUCCGCACGCACUUCCAGACGUUUGCGCACGUCGAGAGCGCGCCGCUGCUCUUCAACCACGCCGGGUACCGCACGGGCAUCAUCGGCAAGAUCCACGUCGGACCAGACAGCGUGUAUCCGUGGGCGCACCGGGAGGAGAGCGAGACGCGGGACGUCGCGUGGGUCGCGGACCGCGCCGAGGCGUUUUUCGGCGCGCAGCGCGAGGACGAGCGCCCGUUCUUCCUCACGGUCGGGUAUGUCGACCCGCACCGCGACAUCACGACGCGCGGCAAGUUCGGCAACGAGGGCAGGUACGAUGCGCGCGUGAAGCCGCUCGACGUGGCGCCCGAGGACGUCGAGGUGCCCCCCUGGCUCACGGACUUGCCCGAGACGCGGCAGGAGCUGGCCGAGUACUACAAGGCGAUCUACCGGACGGACCAGGGCAUCGGGAUGGUGCUGGACGCGCUGGAGCGGCAGGGCGUGGCGGACGACACGCUCGUCGUGUUCCUCAGCGACAACGGGCCGCCAUUCAUCAACGCCAAGACGACGCUGUACGAUGCCGGUACGUGUCUCCCGCUCCUCGUGCGCGCGCCGGGCGCUCAGCCCGGCGUCGCCAACCCGAAUAUGGUGUCGUGGGCCGACAUCCUGCCGACAUUCCUCGACUGGGCCGGCUUGCCGCUCGACUACUCGACGCGAUCCGGGUCCGGGGGCUCGUCCCACCAGGUUCCGGGGGGCGGGUACGGCGAAGAGGACGCGAGCUUGCGCUCGCCGCCGCGCCGUGGCCGCUCUUUCCUGGGCGUGUUGGAGCGCAGUGACGUCGUCCCCGAAGCCGAGUGGCAGCAUCACGUGUUCGGCUCGCACACGUUUCACGAGCUGCACAACUACUGGCCGACGCGCGUCCUACGCUCCCGGCGGUACAAGUACCACCGGAACAUUGCGUGGCGGCUCGACUUUCCCUUCGCGUCGGAUCUGUACGCAAGCUACACGUUUGAGGGUAUUCGUAAUGCGGCGACCCCCGUGAUUGGAAGCCGCACGUUGAACAACUACCUCUUCCGGCCGGCCGAGGAGCUGUUCGACCUCGAGACGGAUCCCGACGAAGUCGUAAACCUCGCGACGGACCCCAAGUGUGCCGAGGUGUUGGCGAAGAUGCGGCUUACGCUCGAGCAGUGGCAGCAGGCGACGCACGACCCGUGGCUCGUCCGCGACGGGUGCUCGUUGGAGAUGGUGGCGCGGUAUGGCAAGGACGGGCUGGUGCUGCCCGAUCGCUUUGAUAUGGACGCGGACAAGCCGGGUCUUGGGGGUGUGCCGUUGCUGCAAAACAUUGAGAACCCGGUGCUGCAGAGGUUGCCGGCGUAGGCAAAUGAUGCGGCGUAUGUACAAUGUGAAAGUAUAGGCAAAUCAUGUAGGCGGAGGUGAAUGAUGAGGCGUAUGUACAAUGUGAAAGUAGAGGCAAAUGAUGCAGACGGAUGGAUUUUCCCUGUGCACAACGAUGCCGUAUUCCGUCGAGGCCGGCCUCUGUAGGCGCGAAUUCGCCCAGCGUGCUGCGGUCAAACUUGGCGAAGGGGGGCCGAAGGGUGGGCGGAUAAAGUCGAUCGAGUCGACAGGCUUGCUGGAAAGAGUAGGCAAAGGC